AGGCCUGGGCCCCAGGACUGUGUUCUGGGUUCUUCCAUCGGAAUGAAUCCCUGCCUCCCUGAGCAGAAGCCAGUGACAGAAGUGUGUGUGGGGGGGUUCUCUGCUGGGGACUGGGCCUGCUGAUUAAGGGGGGUGCUGGAGUCCCCACUCCCACCUGGGUACUGUGCCUGCCCUGUCAGGAAACAGGCUCCUCUUGUGGGGCCUUCCUAGUUGCACGUUGAGGCAUGUCUCCUGCAGGUCUUCAGCACAAGGUGACCCAGGGUCUAGGGCUCCUCCCUGGACCCCGUCUGGCCAGGGGUGGAGGAGAGUAGGGCAGAUGCCAAAGGAAGUUACCUGGACAGGGUUGCCAAUCAAAGUGUCAGUUUGAAUUCCCAGUUCCCAGACCAUCCUGCCCGCAUGGUCCCCUUGUCUGGAAGGUCCGGUUGGGAGUGGGGGAUGGAGGCUGUGGGGAGGCCUGUGGCCCUAGGCCAGCUGAAGGACCAGGCCACCAGCCCUUCCUGGCUCCUGAAUUCUUAAUCAGCAUAAAUAUUUACUUCCUUCCUCCCCUUCUAGGCUCCCAGCACAGAGGAGCUUCAGGGAGGUUGGACUGGGCCUGUGUCUAAAAAUAAACAGGUGGAGGGACAGGCAGACAGACAGACAUUACUGGGAGAGGGGGGUCAGGCAGAGGGCAGCUCCCUGCCCAGCCAGAGGGAGAGUGGAAGGGGCCCAGGUCCAUCCAUCACUGUCACCCACCCACCUGCCCGCCUUGGGUCUGGAACUCCUGAAGGGCAGGGUGGCAGCCUGAUCCCACUUGCAUCGCUGGGAGCGCCUGGCCCAUGCGUGGCCUGGGGGGCAAAUCCAAACAGAUCUGACUGCUUCCACCUGAUGCAGUUUAACUGGGACAAGUCAGGUCACAGACAGGGUCCCACGACCAAGUGUAGCUGCCCCUCCUUGGGCUCCAAUAUUUUAGCCAUGUGCUGGUAGGGUCUUGGGAUGUUCUUGAAGCAGAGGAUCCUAACUGAGGUAGGGGACUGCCUCGUUCCCUGUGUGCUUGGAGGGUCUUGGCAGAAGGAGAGCUUGUCAGGGGAGAUGGAUGGGCCAGGACUUGGGACCAGAGAAAAUUGUUUAUAAUGUUGCUGAGGUGCAUGGCCUGGAAAAAAGAUGAGUGGGGACAUAAGGGCUGUCUUCCUCCUUCCGGCUCCAUGAAGCAGCUCUGCAUACAUGGGAGGCACGUGCGCGCGUAUGCGUGUGCGCGCACACACGCACACACAGCUGAGAUGUAUGAUCAUUUACCAUGUGGUGGUUACAGGGGUGUUCUGUUUUAAAUUAUGAAAACGUGGAUUUGGUGAAUGACAUGGACUAUCUCAUGGUGUUGGCUUGUUUAUCGGGUAGAUUUUCAGGGUGUAAUCAUCUCAAUUAGCAAAUGCAAGGAUACACUUUGACCACAUGUGGAAAGGUUGCCCCUGGAAAAAGUUUGAGUUUGGAAUAGUUGACCUUGCUCUUGGGUCAUUUGAAUGUGAAGAAACUCACACCAUUGAGAAGUGUUAAGGAACCAUGAAAAUACCAGCAUGAGAACUUGUAAUAAAAGAAUAUCAUCACCACUGAAAAAAAAAUGAUGUAUACAUAUAUUUCAUUAACCACCCGAGCUGGUCCACUUCCCUCCAACCCUGUCCCUGGCUGGCCUGGCUGGGCCACAGUCCCCAGCUGCCCCCUGGUGGCAGCCCAGACCCCUCUGACUCCCCGGGCCUAUGGGCACCUCUCUUCUGGGCCUCACCUGGGAGGCAAGGCCCCCUGCCUGCACCCCCAUCCCUUGGGCCAGGCUCUGCACAGCUCGCCUGAGGCAAGGUCGCAGCCUCCUUCCCUUGCAGGUGACCACAGCUGCCUGGGAAGCCCGACACAGCGAGCCCUUGGUGAUCAGUAGCUGAGAACCACUAAUGGCUACCUUGGAAGACACUCGUUGCUCUUUUGGUCUGGUUUUGGGUCCUCAGGCUCAAACCAGGCAUGUGAUCCCGAGCACGACUUUCCACUUGGUCAGAAAUGACCUUUGGGACUUGGCUGACCAGUUCCAGGGAGAUCUGGCUUUGAAGCUGGUAGCUCUGCCACUUCUUAGCUCUGUGACCUGAGGCAGUGUCUCUAAAACUCAGUUUCAUGGCAAAAUGGACUCUCUGAGCUUUGCCUCCAGAAAAGACUUGAGGGCAGUGGAUGUAGAAGCUCUUAGUAGGUGUUUGGCGCUCCUCAUGUGACCCGGGGCCAGAGCCAGAGGGUCCCCCUUCCCAAGGAGACAGUGCUCAUGCUGCCGCACAUCCUCUCCUGGCGGCUUCCGUGGGUGCAGCCUGAGAAGCCUGAGGUCACAGUGUCACAGCACAGCUCCUGUCCUCCCCCAGGUUCCUGCCUGAAUACCAGCUUGGGAGCUCCCCACUGCCUGCAGCCACCUCCGACCAGCCCCCCAUCACCAUGCACUCCUUGGACGAACCGCUCGACCUGAAGCUGAGCAUCACCAAGCUCCGUGCGGCGAGAGAAAAGCGGGAGAGGACGCUGAGUGUGGUCCGGCACCGGGCUCUGCACAGGGACCUCGGCCUGGUGGAUGACAGCCCCACCCCGGGCUCUCCGGGCUCCCCGCCCUCAGGCUUCCUCCUGAACCCCAAGUUCCCCGAGAAGGUAGAGGGACGCUUUUCGGCGGCCCCCCUGGUGGACCUCAGCUUGUCACCGCCGUCUGGGCUGGACUCCCCCAAUGGCAGCAGCUCGCUGUCCCCUGAGCGCCAGGGCAACGGAGACCUGCCUGCAGUGCCCACUGCCCCGGACUUCCAGCCACUGCGCUAUCUAGAUGGCGUCCCUAGUUCCUUCCAGUUCUUCCUGCCUCUAGGCUCCGGGGGGGCCCUGCACCUGCCUGCUUCCUCCUUCCUCACCGCCCCCAAGGACAAGUGCCUCUCACCAGAGCUCCCCCUGCCCAAACAGCUGGUGUGUCGCUGGGCCAAGUGUAACCAGCUCUUCGAGCUCCUGCAAGACCUGGUGGAUCACGUCAAUGACUACCAUGUCAAGCCUGAGAAGGACGCAGGGUACUGCUGUCACUGGGAGGGCUGUGCCCGCCAUGGCCGAGGCUUCAAUGCCAGGUACAAGAUGCUCAUCCACAUCCGCACACACACCAACGAGAAGCCGCACCGCUGCCCCACCUGCAGCAAGAGCUUCUCUCGCCUGGAGAAUCUGAAGAUCCACAACCGCUCGCACACAGGUGAGAAGCCCUAUGUCUGCCCCUACGAGGGCUGCAGCAAGCGCUACUCCAACUCGAGCGACCGCUUCAAGCACACACGCACACACUAUGUAGACAAGCCCUACUACUGCAAGAUGCCCGGCUGCCACAAGCGCUACACAGACCCCAGCUCGCUGCGCAAGCACAUCAAGGCCCAUGGCCACUUCGUGUCUCACGAGCAGCAAGAGCUCCUGCAACUGCGCCCACCCCCCAAACCACCGUUGCCCACCCCUGACGGCGGCCCCUAUGUCAGCGGAGCCCAGAUCAUCAUCCCCAACCCUGCUGCCCUUUUUGGAGGCCCCGGCCUGCCUGGCCUGCCCCUGCCCCUGGCCCCUGGCCCCCUUGACCUCAGUGCCCUGGCCUGCGGCAAUGGCGGGGGCGGUGGGGGAGCAGGGGGCAUGGGCCCCGGGCUGCCGGGCCCCGUCUUGCCCCUCAAUCUGGCCAAGAACCCGCUGCUGCCCUCACCCUUUGGGGCUGGUGGACUGGGCCUGCCUGUGGUCUCCCUCCUCGCUGGCUCCGCUGGCGGCAAGGCCGAGGGGGAGAAGGGGCGUGGGGCAGUGCCAGCCAGGUCUCUGGGCAUGGAGGGCCGCAAGACGCCCCUGGAGAGGACUGAGAGCAGCCGCUCCCGGCCAAGCCCUGACGGACUCCCCCUGCUGCCAGGCACCGUGCUGGACCUGUCCACGGGUGUCAACUCAGCAGCCAGCAGCCCAGAGGCACUUGCUCCUGGUUGGGUGGUCAUCCCGCCGGGCUCCGUGCUGCUCAAGCCAGCCGUGGUGAACUGAACCCGCCUGCAGGAUGGCUACCCGCAGCCCAGCUAGCAGCUCCCGGCCCUGCCCCGACGAACGGAAACUCUUCUGCGAAAUAGCAAUAAUGUCCUCCUGCCUCCGGGGCCCGCCCUGUGUCCCCCAGGCGGACCCAGCCCCAGACAAGCUGGGCAGCAAGGAUGGUGCUAGAAGGUCAUUGGUGGUGUCCCAGGCUCUGGAGGGGAGCUGGUCCUGCCAGCCAGGGAGAGCCGUGCUCCUGGGUGCUGAGGCCUCACUCACCUCUGGCCCUCCCCCUGCCCUGUCCUCCACCUAGCCCUCAGUAGCCCCCCCACCCGCCCUGUGACUCCCUCAACCAGUUGCCAGCCUGGGUAGGGCGCCCUCCCUCCCUGCCUUGCCCACCUGCCAGCCAUGUCCCCGUCCUGCCUAGCCUCUCUGGGCCCCUGCUCUGGGGGCUUCUUGGACCCCUUUCCCUCUGGCCCACCCUCCAGAGGGAGAGCAAGACAGACGCAGGCAAAGCCACAGGAAGAAGCCACCUUAUCCCUAUGACAAGGCGCCUCCAAACUCAGAGAGGGAGGCCCGCUCUGCCAGCUGCCCCCCCCCCCCCACUAGCCCGUCCAAAAACAGCCAGCACUACCUGAGGGUUGGCCCCUCUCUGGGCCGGAUGCUCUCCCAAGUGAGGGGACUGUGACCGCUCACCUGCCCCUUCGCUGCUGGGCCUUCUCCCUCUAUUUUCAGGGAGCCCCGGGAGUGUGGGCAGUGGAGCCCUGAGCGAGGAGGGGAGAUGCCAGGACCCUGGGCCCUCACUUGGCUCAGGGAACAGGUGGGGCAGGGCCUGGCCUGGGGCGGUGCCACUCUGCACAAGGGACUACGGUGGCUUGCAGGGUGUCAGGAGGUGGGAGGCUGGCUGGGGACAACCCCAGGCUGGGACACAGCUCCCAUUCUGGGGGUGCCAAGUCACAGCCAGCACACAGGGGAGUGAGGGCUCCAGGCCAGGGCUGGGCAUGGGAGCUUUCCAGAGGCCAUGGACUGAAAGCCCUGGGCUUGGGGGGUGAAGCAAACAAGGAUGGCCGUGGGAGGGCCCAAGCCCUCUGCCUGGGAAGGGGAAGCUGGAGGAAGGAGCCUGGGUUUACGACAUGGCUGUUUGCUUUGGCUUUCCCCUGUUGAGCCUGUCCUAGAGGUGUCCCCAACCCCUGCCCACCACCUCCCCCAUGGCACGGGCCAGAAUAAGCUAAGGAUGCCAGUGUCCACGUGCCCCACCACCCACUGCCCAGUUCCACCAGGCUCUGGGGCCGCAGCAUUAUGCCUCCCCUCACCCUGAGCCCUCGCUGUUCCCUCCCUGGAGGUGGCCUGGUGCCAUCUGGGAGGCGCUGGCCCCCGCAGUCAGGACUCCUGGCGCCUUGGCCACACGACCAAGCACUCCAUUUCCCCUGCUGUAAGACAGGGAGCUGCAGGCCAGCAGUGGGGUCGUCAGCAGCCCUGCGGCCUUCACCGUUGCCUGGACUGCCCCUCUCUCCUAGAGGGGUCACCCUGCCCGGGCCUGCCCCGACAGAGCCUGGCGGUGCUGGCUCUGCCCCUUGAAGGGGCUGUGAGCAGGGCAGGAGGGAGCUGGUCUCCUUUCUUCGGGCCCCACCCAGGACCCAGGCCUUAAGUCCCCAGUUGGGGGUGAGGGCUCUGAGACUCAAGCCCAGGGAGCAGAGGAACAGGGCACUGGAAGGCGACAUUAGCUCAGCAUGUGACUCGGUGAUAGACCAAGCUCGGAAGGGCUGGUAUAAGUGUUGUUGUUGUGGGUUUGUUGUUGCACAUUCCAGGAUAUCAGUAUUUUAACAGGUUCUAAGUGCCUUUCUAUCGUAGCUUAUGUUUUUCCUCCUCUUGGCUCCAUUGCUGUUAGCAUAGAGUUUAAAAAAGAAAAAAAAGAGAUAAGCUAAUGACUAUAACAAUAUAUUCCUCCAUGUGAGAGGAAGUUUAUAAAGAAACAAUAAAAGUCAGUUGCAAAGAUG